AUGGAGACGGCCGAAAAGGAGUGCGGUGCCCUAGGAGGGCUCUUCCAGGCCAUCGUCAACGACAUGAAGAGCUCCUACCCAAUCUGGGAGGACUUCAACUCCAAAGCCACGAAGCUGCACUCCCAACUAAGGACUACUGUGCUGGCUGCUGUGGCCUUCCUGGAUGCCUUCCAGAAAGUGGCCGACAUGGCCACCAACACCCGAGGGGCCACGCGGGACAUCGGCUCAGCACUCACGCGCAUGUGCAUGCGCCACCGCAGCAUUGAAACCAAGCUGCGGCAGUUCACCAAUGCGCUGCUAGAGAGUCUCAUCAACCCGCUGCAGGAACGCAUCGAAGACUGGAAGAAAUCAGCCAACCAACUGGACAAAGACCACGCGAAAGAGUACAAACGUGCCCGUCAUGAGAUCAAGAAGAAAUCAUCAGACACGCUGAAGCUGCAAAAGAAAGCCCGAAAAGAGCUACUUGGGAAAGGAGACCUUCAGCCCCAGUUGGACAGUGCCCUACAGGAUGUGAACGACAUGUACCUGCUGCUGGAGGAGACAGAGAAGCAGGCUGUGCGCCGGGCCCUGAUUGAGGAGCGAGGUCGUUUCUGCACCUUCAUCACCUUCCUGCAGCCUGUGGUGAAUGGCGAGCUGACCAUGCUGGGGGAGAUCACCCACCUUCAGGGCAUCAUCGAUGACCUCGUGUUGCUGACAGCAGAGCCCCACAAGCUGCCCCCCGCCAGCGAGCAGGUGAUCAAAGAUCUGAAGGGCUCAGACUACAGCUGGUCCUACCAGACACCCCCCUCGUCACCUGGCAGCUCUGGCUCCCGCAAGCCCAGCGUAUGCAGCGCCCCCAGCAGCGGCAGCAGUGCCAAGGGUGGCGGAGCCCCGUGGCCUGGGGGCGCCCAAACAUACUCACCCAGUUCCACCUGUCGCUACCGCAGCCUGGCGCAGCCAGCCACCACCACUGCCCGCCUCUCCAGUGUCUCCUCCCACGACUCAGGCUUCGUCUCUCAGGACGCCGCCUACUCCAAGCCCCCCUCACCCAUGCCUUCAGACAUCACAAGCCAGAAGUCCUCCAGCUCCGCGUCCUCCGAAGCCUCGGAGACCUGCCAGUCUGUUAGCGAGUGCAGCUCCCCCACCUCGGACUGGUCCAAGGUUGGCCCCCAUGAACAGCCGGCGACCACCAGCCUACAGCGAAGGAAGGACCGUGUGGAGCCCCUCCGAGACACAGAGCCAGGCUCUGCUAGUGGGAGCACACAGGGCUCUGGGGGCGAGGAGGUGCCAAGGCCCCGGAUGUCCCCUGCCACCAUUGCAGCCAAGCACGGUGAAGAGGUGUCCCCCGCGGCCAGUGACCUGGCCAUGGUGCUGACCCGCGGCCUGAGCCUGGAGCACCAGAAGAGCAGCCGAGAUUCGCUGCAGUACUCGAGCGGCUAUAGCACACAGACCACCACGCCCUCCUGCUCCGAGGAUACCAUCCCCUCCCAAGGCUCCGACUACGAUUGUUACUCAGUUAACGGGGACGCAGACAGCGAGGGCCCGCCAGAGUUCGACAAGUCAUCCACUAUCCCUCGCAACAGCAACAUCGCCCAGAACUAUCGCCGCCUGAUCCAGACCAAGCGUCCGGCCUCCACCGCAGGGCUGCCCACUGCCUCAGGCACAGGCCUGCCCUCAGGCGCGCCCCCUGGCGUGGCUACCAUCCGCCGCACGCCCUCCACCAAGCCCACAGUGCGCCGCGCCCUCUCCAGCGCAGGCCCCAUCCCCAUCCGGCCGCCCAUCGUGCCGGUGAAGACGCCCACCGUGCCUGACUCCCCCAGCUACACGGGUCCCACGCGUGCGGGCAGCGAGGAGUGCGUCUUCUACACGGAUGAGGCCGCCUCGCCCUUGGCGGUGGACCUGGCCAAGGCCUCCCCAAAGAGGCUCAGUCUACCCAACACAGCCUGGGGGAGCCCAGCGACCGAGGCAGGGCCAGGGCCGGAGGACGACGAUGAGCAGCAGCAGCAACUGGCUGCCAACCGGCACAGCCUGGUGGAGAAGCUCGGGGAGCUGGUGGCGGGCGCCCACGCGCUAGGCGAGGGCCAGUUUCCCUUCCCCACGGUGCUGGCCGCCGCCCCGGCAGAGGAGACACCCACCCCGCCCCCUGCCGCCACCGGCGACCCCCCAGCUGAAGACAUGCUAGUGGCCAUCCGGCGUGGAGUGCGGCUCCGCAGGACGGUCACCAACGACAGGUCAGCGCCCCGCAUCUUGUGA